GAGGUACUAAUUCUGCGUAUCUGCCACAUUUUGAGCUCCGACAGGCAGUCGGCAGCACGCGUCUCACCGCGCGAACGCGACUCUCACCGACGCCAGAUCUUCUGACCGUGACCACCAGAGCCCGACUCUGUAUGCAGGCUGUACAACGAAACGCAGGGCAGUCGCCCCAGGUAAAAAUUUAUAAUGCUGUCUACUCGUCGGUCCAGGUUUAUGAGUGCAUGGUCCGCGGCAUCGCUGUGAUGCGCAGACGCGGUGAUUCGUUUGUCAAUGCGACGCAGAUUCUGAAGGUUGCAGGUAUCGAGAAGGGUAGGCGCACCAAGAUCCUUGAGAAGGAAAUCCUGCCGGGUAAGCAUGAAAUCGUCCAGGGCGGCUACGGGAAAUACCAAGGAACAUGGAUUCCACUAGAGCGGGGCCGAGACAUCGCUGCGCAGUAUGGUGUUGCCCCUCUACUCGCUCCUUUGUUCGAUUUCACACCCAGCACGAAUAGCCUUGGGUCACUUCCGACGGUGCCCUCAGCCGCAUCUCCGCGACCUCUCUCCGCUGCUUCAUCCUUCCCAAAUCUCGGUACUUCUGGAGGUUACUCACAGUCGGGUCUAGCUCCACCUCCCAUCAUGCCAGGUUCUGCCCUCCGCCUCUUGAACCAGGGGCGCGCCCAAGGCCUAUUCACUCCAUCUACAUCUUCUCUUGCUCCAACUAGACCAUCUACGUACUCUUCGACACCGUACCAGAGUGGUUACGCGCAGUCACCAUCCUCAGGAGCAGUGUCCCCCACGCCACCUCCAAUGCAGUCCUUGAAACGGGCCCGGUCUGAUUCUGAAGUAGUCCCAACUACACAACAGACCCAAAGGUCUUCGCACCCGUUGCUGGAAGCACCAGAUAUACAAAUGUCCGAACGAUCACGUCCGCCUUCUGUUGCAACACAAGCCAACGAUGAAGAUGGCCCAUCCCCUGCGAAACGCGCUCGUAAAGAGCCUACCCCACAACCAGACGCAUCCCAAGCGUCUCGCAGAACGCUGUCUAGCGCAUCGAUCAUGUCACAGUCAAUGGCGACUCUCCCUCCGACUCGCCCACUUUCACGCGUCAACGCGGGUUCGCCACAUCCGAACAAUGCCGUCUCGCGUCCACCAAGUAUAUCAACAUCUACCAGUGGGAAGAUGAUCAAUGGUGCCGACGUUGACGGCACUGGUCUUCGCUUCUCCACUAAACCUAAUAUUCUCCGUGACCCUUCUGCUCUUCGAGACGCCCGUCACAUGUCUUCCCCCAUUGACGUAGAUACCAUCCUAGACGACAAGGGUCACACUGCUCUGCACCUCGCUGCAAGCAUGGGCCGACAGCAGACUGUUUCUCAACUCAUUUCAGCUGGCGCAGACAUCCACCGUGGUAACUUUGUUGGCGAAACACCGCUCAUGCGCGCGUCUAUUGACACACACAACUUCGACCAGCAAUGCUUCAAUAUUCUUAUUACUUCUCUGCACCCAUCCAUUCGCACGCUUGACACAUCAAGAAAAUCUGUGUUACAUCAUAUCAUGUAUCUGGCAGGUAUACACGGACGCGCGGUCUGUGCGCGAUAUUAUCUUGACCAGAUCUUCUUGUGGAUAGCACAGAACCAGGGUGGUGAUUUUAAGUCCAUCGUGGACCUGCAAGAUGAGUACGGAGACACGGCUCUCAACAUUGCUGCGCGUGUAGGCAACAGGAGCUUGGUGAGAACGCUUCUCGACGUUGGGGCUAAUCGAGUAUUACCCAAUAAACUGGGUCUACGGCCUGGUGACUUUGGCGUCGAGGUUGAGGUAUGCUACGUUAAUGCGGAGCUCAGUGGUGGCGCACGAGCAGAGGACAUAAUUGCAUCAUUACAUAUGACGUCAAUGAUCCAGGAGCUUAGUACCGAAUUCUCCACUGAGAUCAAGGCAAAACAAGAUUCACUUGAUGUAACGCAAGCUCACCUUCGGGCAGCCACACGCGAGCUUUCCGAACAGCGGAAGCAAAUACAGCUGUGGCAAAGCCAAUGUGGAGAGCUUGAUAAGGUCCACCAACGGAUACGGAAUCUCGAGAAGGCGUUCGCGGAAGAAGAUCACUUCGACUGGACAGGUCGGACGGAUCUGGCGGGCAGGGAUGGGCGCGAGACGGCAGGACCUGCGUUCCAAUGGCGUGGACCUAGCUCAACGAUGACGGGGAUGCCAGGAUCUAUGGAUAUUUCAUUUAGCGUGGAAGCAGAACCCCCAUCACCUACCGGCGAUUCGGUCUCAACCUUAAUGCGAUUACGGCGGCUGAAACUCUGGCACAUGAGGAUGGAAGAGCUCAUGCAGGCGAGACUAAGGUCUCUCCAGGGCGCGAGCGCUGAGAAGGAAUAUCAGUGUAAGAAAGUUGUUGCACUAUGCACAGGUAUCCCUAUCGACAAAGUGGAGGAUAUGCUCGAAAAUCUUGUGGUGGCGGUCGAGAGUGAGGCCCAGGUUGUGGACAUAGUUCGCGUGGCUGGAUUCAUGCAGAAGGUCAGGGAUGGACUUAUAUAAUUUCAUUUAUUGGCUCGGAUCGUGAAGAUCCGACUUUUCAAUUGAACACUUGUGUUGCUCAUCGCAUCCGUAUAACACGGGCUGCCAGGUUAGCC